AUGAGUUCUACUUCUGAAACAACUGAGGCCACUUCAGCAAGUGUCACCACUUCUGAAAAUAAUGGAUGUGGAAUGAAGGACUCAAGUCAUCCCUACUUCCUUCACCCCUCAGAUUUACCAGGAAUGAACCUGGUAAAUACAAGCUUUGGUGGUAGAUGCAUUGGAGAGUGGCACAUAGAGAUUGGUGAAAGUGUCAUCUGCUCCAAAACAGCCAAAGAUCUGUGGGAUGAUUUGGAAGAUAGAUUUGAUCAAUCAAAUGGUGCAAAAAUGUAUCAUUUACAAAAAGAAUUGAGUGAUUUGGUUCAGGGGUCAAGUGACGUAGCAGGCUGUGGAGGAAAGAUAAAAAUGGCCAAAUCACUUCAAGAUGAGAGGUUAAUUAAGUUUCUCAUGGGGUUGAAUGACACCUAUGCCUCAGUGAAUAACAAUAUCUUGAUGUUGUCACCCCUUCCAACUGUGGAACAUGCAUAUUCCUUGUUGAUGCAAGAUGAGAAGCAAAGGGAAGUUUAUAUCAACUCUCAAUUCCCUGGAGAUUCUUCAUCCUUCAUGGAUGCAAAUCAAAAUCAUCCAAGUCAGAAGUUUGGAAACUCUGAUUUCAAGGGAAAGAAAAACAAUUUGAGCUGCUCUUACCAUAAAAAACCUGGGCAUUCAAUGGACAAAUUCUACAGCAUCAUUGGAUUUCCAGCAGACUUCUAG